AUGAUUUUCUCUAAGAUAUCUGUGGUCUUGACCGGUGCUGCUCUCCUGCAGUCAGCGGAGGCUCAUGUCCGAUUCGAUUGUGUCCGUGGAAACCAUGACCCUAGCAAACUCGGCACCAACAUGGGCCGUGAUGAAUGGUUCACGGGAGCUAUCAAAAGAGGUGGUAACAAAUUGAGUCGGUUCCCCGAUCAGUUUGAUACAGUCGUUUUCUCGAACCCUACCAUCCCGGGAAAAUGCUGCUCCGUCAAAUAUAAGGGCUUCCCCCGCUAUGUUAUGGAACAGGGCUGUGGUACCACGCUCAAAAUCCAGGAUACUUACUAUCGUAAGAACCAGUGGAGAGAUGACCAAGACUAUCUCACCAAAAAAUACUAUGAACACGGUCAAGAGAUGGAGAACUACAGGUUGUACAACUUCUGGAUGUCCCCUAUCCCUUAUGGAGCCUUUGCACCGCUCUCGCUCGUUAAUGAACAGGCUGCAGCCGGUAAAAUUGCGCAAGCAACAGCCGGUGGAUGGAUCGAAAUCGACGUUUCCCUAGUUAAUGCCGAUGGUGGCGGUGCUAUGAAAUGCCGUCUCGACAAAACGGCUAAUGCGAAUGCAUUCGGUGGACCUCUUAAAAUUCUCAAACAACCAUGGCUAAAGCAUAAUGGCCAAGUGGCUCCAUUGAGGGUUGAGAUUCCCGCUGGCACCCAAUGUACUGGAUCAUUCGGCAACUACAAGAAUAUGUGCUUGCUUAGAUGCGAGAAUGAUAACACCGCCGAGGGACCUUUCGGUGGAUGUGUUCCAUUCAACCUGGGCGGUCCUUAUACUCCACCCCCUCCGGCGCCGGUCAAGCCUGUCCAAAAGCCUCCAGCGCCUGUCAAGCCUGUCCAAAAGCCUCCAGCCAAGCCCACAGGCAAGCCAGGUGGUAAGGGCGGUAACAACGGUGACAAUGAUGAUAUCGACUAUGACAAUAACGGCGGCAAUAAUGGCGGCAAUAAUAACGGCGGCAAUAAUAACGGCGGCAAUAAUGGCGGUAAAAACAACGGUGAUGAUAAUGAAGAACCAGAAGAGCCAGAAGAGGUAAAAGGAGAUGACGGUUAUUAUUAG